CGGUACCGGCGGAGCGGAGCGGGCAGUACCGGAGCCGUGGGUCCGGUCCGGCCCACACUGGAGUGCUGCGGGGUCUAUGGGGAAGGCGGCCGCGUUGUGCGGCAGCAGCACCCGCGGGCUGGUGUCUCUCCUCAGCGCCGUCCCCUGCUUGGCCUGCCAGGAGCUGCCGGCCAUGAGCGCGGAACCGGGGAACCGGGGCGCUGGGGGACCGGUUGGGGGACCCCCCGCCGCCCCGGGUUCCGACACCUACAAGGGUUGGCUCUUCAAGUGGACCAACUACCUGAAGGGCUACCAGCGCCGCUGGUUCGUGCUCAGCAACGGGCUCCUCAGCUACUACAGGUCUUCUGCAACUGUCAAGAGGGAUGGCUUUUCUUGGAAACGUGUGAAAAAUACACCAGUCCCAGUUCAGAAGAUGGGGACACAGGCAGAGAUGGCUCACACGUGUCGGGGAACCAUCAACCUCUCCACAGCUCACAUUGACACAGAGGACUCCUGUAACAUUGUGCUUUCCAAUGGGGGCAGGACCUACCACUUGAAAGCCAACUCAGAAGUGGAGAGACAACGCUGGGUGACAGCCUUGGAGCUGGCCAAAGCCAAAGCCAUCCGCAUGAGGAACAACCAGUCAGAUGACUCGGGUGACGAGGAGCCCGCCUCGCAGUCAGACAAGAGCGAGCUGCAGGGCACGUUGAAAACCCUCUCGAGUAAGCUGGAGGAUCUGAGCACUUGCAACGAGCUGAUCGCCAAGCACGGGGCAGCCCUGCAGCGCUCCCUCAGCGAGCUGGAGAGCCUGAAGGUGCCGGCAGAGAGCGGAGAGAAGAUCAAAGCGGUGAACGAACGGGCAACGCUCUUCCGAAUCACCUCCAAUGCUAUGAUCAACGCUUGCCGGGAUUUCCUGGAUUUAGCCGAAACUCACAGCCGCAAAUGGCAGCGGGCGCUGCAGUAUGAGAGGGAGCAGAGGAUCCGCCUGGAGGAGACCAUUGAGCAGUUAGCCAAGCAGCACAACAGCUUGGAGAGAGCCUGUCGUGGAGCCCCUGGCCUGUCCUCCACCAGCACUGCCAUCACCAGCACCACCAAAGGGAGUGUGCAGUCUGCCAAAGGAGAGGCCAGUGAUGAAGAUGAGGAGACAGAGUACUUUGAUGCCAUGGAAGAUGCACCAGCUUUUAUCACUGUAACUGCAGACCCCAAGCACCACAGGCGUUCAGGCAGUAACCUGAGUGGGGCCAGUGAGGGCCACCCUGAGGACUGGAACCUGGAGGACAGUGUCUUUGAAAGCUCAAAUCAAAGCAGCUACAAUGAGUCCACUUGCAAAGAUCUCCUGCCAAAGAAAAGGAGAAGGACUCGAAUCCCUGACAAACCCAACUACAGCCUUAACCUCUGGAGCAUCAUGAAGAACUGCAUUGGCAAAGAACUCUCCAAGAUCCCCAUGCCAGUAAACUUCAAUGAGCCCCUCUCCAUGCUGCAGAGGCUGACAGAGGACCUGGAGUACCACGAGCUGCUGGACAAAGCAGUGAAGUGUGAGAGCUCCACGGAGCAGAUGUGUUUUGUCGCCGCCUUUUCCGUCUCUUCCUACUCCACCACCGUGCACCGCACCGCCAAACCCUUCAACCCCCUCCUGGGGGAAACCUACGAGCUGGAUCGCCUGGAAGAGCUGGGAUUCCGGUCCCUGUGUGAGCAGGUGAGCCACCACCCCCCAGCAGCUGCCCAUCACGUCUACUCCAAGCGAGGGUGGACGCUGUGGCAGGAAAUCACCAUUGCCAGCAAGUUCAGGGGCAAAUACCUCUCCAUCAUGCCACUGGGUGCCAUCCACCUGGAGUUUCACUCCAGUGGCAAUCACUAUGUCUGGAGGAAAGUCACCUCCACUGUUCACAACAUCAUCGUUGGCAAGCUCUGGAUUGACCAGUCUGGUGAAAUAGAGAUUGUUAACCAUAAAUCAAAAGAUAAAUGCCAGCUGAAAUUUACCCCCUACAGCUACUUCUCCAGAGACGUCCCCCGAAAGGUGACAGGAGUAGUGAGUGAUGCUGAGGGAAAAGCUCACUAUGUCAUGUCUGGCACGUGGGAUGACAAGAUGGAGUGCUCCAAAAUAGUGCAGAGCAGCCACGGCAGCACCAGCAUGGAGGGCAAGCAGAAAACAGUCUACCAGACAUUGUCACCAAAGGUCCUGUGGAAGAAGUACCCCCUCCCGGAGAACUCAGAGAACAUGUAUUUCUUCUCUGACCUGGCCCUGACUCUGAAUGAACCCGAGGAGAGCGUGGCCCCCACUGACAGCCGCCUGCGCCCUGACCAGCGCCUGAUGGAGAGCGGCCGCUGGGACGAGGCCAACGUGGAGAAGCAGAGGCUGGAGGAGAAACAGAGGGCAGUGAGGCGACGGAGAGAGGCUGAGGCUGUGGAAGCCCUGGAGGAAGGCAAGGAGUACGAAGGGUACAUCCCACUGUGGUUUGAGAGGAAGGUGGAUGCCGUGACGGGGGAGCUGAUCUGUGUCUACAAGGGGGGCUACUGGGAGGCCAAGGAGAAGCAGGACUGGAGCAUGUGCCCUGACAUCUUCUGAGCCUCCUGCACUGGCAGCCAGCCCUGCACCCAGCUCCUGGGACACUCAGAGGGACAGUGGGGACCCGCUGGCAGGCUCCUGCUGGCAGUGCAGACACACACAGAGUCAACACACACAGAGAUUUGAAAAGCAAAUCCAAGCAGGGAUUCCAAACCUAUUUUUUUAUGUACUAAAAUUAAUACCAUUCUUUUUUUUUUUCUUUUUUUUUCCCUUUUUUUUUGUUUUUUGUUUUUUAAACAAAGGCUUUUUCAGUGACUGAGGAGGAGGACACGUCAGGCUGGUUGGGUUUUUAGCCUGGCAUGUUUCCUGCUCUCAGGAGUUGCUGCCUGUAUCUCUCCUGUCUCUCUCAUCAGUGCCUCGGCUGUGUCGGCCGAGACAUCAGCUUCCAAAGAUGCUCAUGAGGUGGGGAUGCUGUGUGUUUGUGUGAGCUCUUUUCUUUGAUGUUAUUUUUCUCCCCCCCCACCUUGUUUGUGUGUGGACUUUAUGGAAUUUUUUUUUUAAAAAACAAAACCAACCAACCAAAUCAAACCAACUCAACCCACUACUGGUUCAAGUUCCUUCAAAGAUGGACACAAACAACUCUGCAUCCUGCUCAGAAAACCAUCUCCAGGCUCCAUGGCACUUCAUCCCAGAGGUUCUUGGUGGUCCCUGCAGUGCCCAGUCAUCCCAGGAGCACCAACUAGGAUAUUUCAGCACUGAACCCAUUUUUUUUAACCCUUUAUUUAUUAAUUUUUUUAAAAAAGAAGCAUCCCCCCAGUCUGCAGUGUUUAGUCAAGGCUUGGGACUGUCUCGAAGAUGAUUCUUUGUGAGAGUGCUUUGAGUGAGGUUUUGUUUUGGUUUUCCUGCAACCCCAUCUGAAGGGGGAAACGAGCUGGUUGAGGUCAGGAACACCUGGCAGAGGCACAGUCAAGAGGUGUGCAGACCAGCAAUGCUCUGGGAUCCAUGUACCAGCUCUCUUCACUCCAUCCUGGUGCCCCUCAGGGGCUGGCAGGAGCCUGGAGCAGGAGGGGAGGGAAGUGAUGCUGUGGUGCUGCUGGGACAGAGCCUCCUUGGAUGCAACCUGGCUCCUGGGUUUCCCAUCCUGGUGUCUUCCCAUUGAGCUGGACAGGUCUGGUCCACAGCCCCUAGCCUGAGGGGACACUGGUUGAACUGGGAGCACCCACAGCCUGGUGCCUGUCUCUCUUCCCUCGUGGAUGGUCUCCCUGGGUGCCUGCUGGGAGGAGCAGAGCAAAGCUCUACCCAUCUUUUGGACCAGGAGUGAGCAGAGCUGGGCCACCAACCACACAGGGAGGUGCCACCCAUCCCCAGCACCCAAGGGGAGGUGCUGGGGUGGCAAGAAACCAGAGAUGGGAUCUGCUGGGCCAGCAAGCAUCAAGGAGACCUGGACACUGGUGUUUGCCUUGUUGGAUCUCAUUUUUUUGUGUCUUCUCUGACUCCUCACCAUAUCACACUGGCUGCUGGCUCCCAAGGUCAGAGGCCACCUUUUGCCAGACCCUCAGACCCACACUGGAAGCUAAUUAGCAAUAAUGAACUCGGAGGCAACGGUAACUGGAAUAUCCAGGCUGCACAUAGGACACUUAUGCAAUCAGGUUCCUCAACCAUUGGUCUCCUCUUGGUUGGUUUCUCUUCCAGCACCUCCAUAUCUGUUCUUCACAGCAACCCUACAUGUACAGUAUAUAUACACCUCAUACAGUAACAGUAGUGAGUGGCUUUUGGAGUGGCAGCACCCACUGAUCUCAUUGUACCCUUUAAUCUUAUUUAUUUGCUUCUAAUUUAUAUAUAUAUAUAUAUAAAAAAUAUAAAAUUAUUUUGCUUAAAUUUCUAUGGUACACAAUAGAUGAAAAAAUAAUGAAGACAGAAGUGUCUGUCUGAGUUUUUGUAGCAUGAUUCCCCUGGGCUUGUCCCAGGGGCAGGGUCUAGAGGUGAUGGUGGGUGAUCAAAUCAUUCCCAAAGUAAAGAAGCAACAUCUUGCUCCCAAGCUGGAUGUGAUCACAUUCAGGAUGUGUUACAAAGUCCUUCCCUUCUUACAAAUGAUGCUGUUGGGGCUUGAGGGGCAGCACUUGGUUUCCCCCCAGGAUGCUCUCUGGGGGGCAGCUGCUCUGGUGUUUGGUUCCUUCCAAAUGGAAAGUUUAUUCCUUCCAGACCAUUCCCCAUGGAUUGCUCCUGGCUUGGUAAAGCUGCUGCAGCUCUUGAAUGAUCCAAACGUUGGUAUUGGUGGUUGGAUGCAGCCUGUGGAGAGCUGCUGGGUGUCCUGGCCCUGGGUCUGUCACCUUCCUGGGAGAGUGGAGGAUGCUCUGCACUGAACCUCCCUGGUUUGUGGUGGUGGCCAGAGUUGUCCUGGGGGAAGGGUUGUUCCACUUGAGGCCUGAAUCAGUUUUGUAAAGCAGGGUAGGAACAGAGCUCUUCCAAAUGCCUUAUUUCCCAUGUUUGCUUUGUCAAUGCAAGUGUUACAAGAGCUUGGAGAGGGGAGGAAUUCAUGCCCGGGCUGUCCCUGAAGCAGGAUCUGAGCAUCCUCACAGAGGAGGUGAGUGGGGAGAGAGCUGUGGCUCAGUCACCAAGGUUCUGCUGGGCUCUGGGGCCUGGGGAGGUCCCCUCUGCUGUCCCUCCCAUCCCUGGCUCUGCCUAGAAAUCACCAUCACAGACCCUGCACAGCUUAGCAGGGACAGGGGGGAGCACUCCCCAAAACAAGUCCCUGAUUUUUAGUCUAAUUUUGAAAAUUGCUCUGUCCUCCCGUGGCCAUCUAGUGACAGCACUUAACCAGAGCACCAUCUCAUGGUCUUCCUGUUCCCUUCCUGGAGGAUUUUAAUGUCAUUCCACUGUAAAUGCUGUUGAAUGUAUUUCUUUUGGAACAAUAUGUUGUGAGUGAUCCCUCUUCUCCUACGCCCUAAUAAAACUUGGAUUCGGGAGUUUUCCAA